GCUGCUCCGAGCUGGUAGAAUCACAGAGUAUCCCGAGCCCAGCUCCCGGCGGCACGCAGGGCGCCCAGAACCCAAACCCUGUGUCUGAGAGCGUUGUCCCAACGCUCCUUGAGCUCAGUGCCGCCAUUCCCAGCCUCUGGCAACUGGGCGCAGUUUGGGGCUUUGGCUUUGCCCAGUGGAGCCCCUUCAGUAGCAUUCAUGGAAGCUGGGAACGCUUGCUUUAGAAUAUAACACGCAGUUUCUGAUGAAGCUGAGUCACGAGACUGUAACCAUCGAGCUGAAGAACGGGACGCAGGUGCACGGCACCAUCACAGGAGUGGAUGUCAGUAUGAAUACUCAUCUCAAGGCUGUGAAAAUGACGCUGAAGAACAGGGAGCCUGUACAGCUGGAGACGCUGAGCAUUCGGGGGAAUAACAUCCGAUACUUCAUUCUGCCAGACAGUUUGCCCCUGGACACCUUGCUAGUGGAUGUUGAACCAAAAGUCAAGUCCAAGAAGAGAGAAGCGGUUGCUGGAAGAGGCCGUGGCCGAGGCCGUGGAAGAGGCCGGGGCCGCGGAAGAGGAAGAGGAGGCCCAAGACGAUAACUUCCCCCAUGCAACUGUUACCAAAUUCUGGGCGACUUUGGAUUUUUUUUUGUACAGGUCUUGUUUAUGGUAUCCAUUUUUAAUAAACCAAAAAGUGAAACAGUUGUCUUUCCUUCGUUAGUUAGGUAUGGGAAGGGAGCCCUGUAUUUCUAGAAGCUGCUGCAGACUAAACGUGUCCUGUCGGUGUUGAUCAUGACUUUCAAGAUUUCAUCCACCCCUGAAGGCUGUGAAAUGACCUCCUGCUCUUUGCCCUGUAGACUUGUAUUGAUGCACUUGAAAAUGUUUGAAAUGAAUCCCUCUUUUAUAAGGCGCUUGCCAUCUUCUAAUGGUUAAAUAAUCAAGGCACUGCAUUUA